GCCAAUGUAAAUAAUACGAAAUACAAUGAUUAAUUUGUUAGUUGAGUAUACAAAAUAUACAUUAAAUAAGUCUUUCUUGAUUUAUAGAACACAUGAUAUAACUUAGAUUUUAUAAUUAUAAUCAGAUAAAGUAAAGUGUAGGACACAAACAAAAUGAUUCAUGUACGGAAAUUGACAAGUGGGAAGCAAGAAUUCAUUCAAGGGGGGAAGCCCUUAAUAGGGAAAAGUGCAGUCACAGUGACGACCUCCGAUGAACCAUCUUUAUCUUGUUUCUUAUGUGCGCAGUACUUGAAUACACCAAAAAACCUCACCUGCAACCACACUUUCUGCAGGUCAUGUCUCCAACAGUUUUGCCUGAGCAACGCAACAGACACGGGAUUUCCAUGCCCUAGAUGUCGUUCCAUGGUGAAAGUUAAAGAUCCGACAUUACCACUGUUAGAAUGGGCAGACACAAUUCCCACAGACCAUCAGUUAGACAAACGACUUGAAAAAAUCCGGAUAUUAGAGCAGGGAGAUAAGAAAGAAAAGUGCGCUUUCUGUUUGUCAAAAUGGAAAGGCGUUGUAGCAACAAAAUAUUGCAAAGCUUGUCAAGAAUAUUUUUGUACAGAGUGUGGAAAUCAGCACUGGUUACUGCGACGCUCCAAGGAACAUAGAGUAUGGCUUAUAGAGGAUCUGAUUACACUAAAAACAGAUGCACUACUUCGAGCAGGUUUAGAAACAGUAUUUAACUCGAAAAUUUGGGAUAAACACAUCACAUCGGAAAGAGAAAGAAAGAAACAAAGUAGUGCUGUUGACGUGGUACAUGCAGAGAUAACUGGUUCAACGUUUCUGCCAAACGGUUUCUUAGUACUUGCCGACAAGUCAAACGAAAAAGUGAAACUAUUUGAUGACCACUUCCGGUUCGUUACUGCCUUCAAAGCCCGUUGUCAUGAUGUUCUCGCGUUCAAUAACUAUUUUAUCGUGGUCACGUGUCCACUAGAUCUAUGUUUGAUGAUGCUAAGCAUAUAUGAUCGAGAAAUAGAACUUGAUAAAACAAUACUGUUUGAAGCAGAAUGUUACGGUUUAUGUUACAUAGAUGAUGAAAGUAAUACCAAUAGGUUUGCAGUAAGUGUAUAUGUACUCGACCAGUACAAAUUCUACAAUAUUCUGGCCUGCGACAUGUAGAAAAGAUAAUUGUUAGUCCAGGGACUAUCUCAAUGUUAUGUCCAACGUUUCUUACAUUCUCAAAAUCAAAGCAAGUAUUUUUUGUGUCUGACAAAAUCCAUCAAUGUUUGAAAUGUAUAACAAUGGAAGGGUCAGUUGUCUGGGAAAAGCGCAUAUCAGACUGUAGAGGGAUAACACUAUUUGGAGACAAUCUACUGCUGGCCCGUAGUAAUCGCAAAACUGUAGACUUUGCAAAUACUUCAGGACAAAUAAUAAAGUCGGUCAUUCCAGCAGAAGAAGGCCUUUCACAUGUUCAUACAUUAUGUAGUGACCACUGGAAUAUGAUUGGUAAUACUAAACGUGUUCUAGUUUGUGAUGAUACAGAGUUAGUACGCAUAUACCUAGUAGAAGACCCACUACUUGAUGAAGAUAUUAGAAUUUAUAUGAACAGAGAAACAUCGAGACUAGCCGGGUCCGAACAUGAUGAUCACGAGGAACAUAAGUCAAAUAUCUGUGUUAUCAUUUAGUUUAUGAUAAUCACGAGAAAUAAAGGUCAAAUAUC